GUUCCCUCGCCAUCACCAUAGGCUCGGUCGCCCCGAAAUCUGGGCCCGCCAGCAGCUUCUGCCAAUCAGAGCCAUCGGGCUGAUCGUCUCCGCUGCAGCUCGUCUCGCGGCGCCUAUUGUGAGCAUGCCCUCCUCGGGCAAGAAGGUUGCGUCGACCGCGACCGCCGAACCGCCGUCAAAGAAACGCAAGCUCGACGCGACAGAGCAAAAGUACUACGCCGUCCGCGCCGGCUUCAAGCCCGGCGUCUACACUACCUGGGCCAUCUGCCAACAGCAAAUAACCGGUUUCAAGGGAGCUCAGUUCAAGUCUUUCCUCAAUUACGAAGAUGCUUCGGCGUUCGCUGCCGGCCGCGACCCUCCUUCCGCAAGCAGCGAGAGCAAGCCGCCGCGGUUCUACGGCGUCGCGGUGGGACGCAAGCCGGGUGUGUACACGGACUGGUCGGCUGCACAGGAGGCGAUUGUAGGCUGGAAGGGGCCCAAGUUCAAAAAGUUCGACACACGGGCGGAAGCCGAGGCGUUUGUGCGCUCCUACAGCGCCUCGGGUCGGGGGCCAACGUCUACUGCUGCUUCCGAAACGGAGCAGGACGGGGUCGAUUCGGUUGAAGAACCGCCUCAUAAGAGAGCCAGGGCAACCUCGAAACCGACAAAUACACGGACUGACGUGGUCGUCAUCUACACAGAUGGGAGCAGCCUAGGGAACGGCCGGCUAGGCGCAACCGCUGGUGUGGGGGUCUACUUUGGUCCUGGCGAUCCCAGAAAUAUUUCCGAACGCCUGAAAGGCGAGACGCAAACCAACCAGCGAGCCGAGCUCACGGCCAUCCUCCGCGCCCUCGAGACUGUCGAUCUCACACAAGACGUCGAGAUCCGCACCGACAGCAAGUACGCUAUCCAGUGCGUUACCGAGUGGUACCUCAACUGGGAGCGCAACGGCUGGAUGACCCGUGCCGGACCCGUCAAGAAUCAGGAUCUCGUCCAGCUGGUCCGGGACAAGCUCGAUGAGAGGGAAGCCAAUGGUGGCCGCACCCAGUUCAUCUGGGUCAAAGGACACGACACGGACCAGGGUAAUAUCGCUGCGGAUCGGUUGGCGGUUGAGGGCGCACAGAAGUGAUACCCUUCGAUGCUGUUGGGCGCGGGGCGUUUUAUUGGGAGUUGGCGUGCAUUUUCUGACCCAACAACACUAUGAGCCAUCGGCGGGUUGCAUCUUACAGUGAGCGUUCAUUUUAUCGGAUCGGCGUUUAUCCUAUGGUUCGCACUCGACUCGUCCUGGCACCCAAGCAGGGCCGAUCGAAAGAUUUCCUAGCUUUGCUUACGUAUGUACCUAUGCAUUCCU